AUGAAGGGGCUGCAUAAACUGACAGCAUCUGGGCUGGCACUGCUCCUGGCAGCAUCCUUCGUUGUGUUCUCCUGGAGUGCCCCUCAGGCUCAUUUCCAAAGGAGAAACUGGACCCCCCAGGCCAUGCUCUAUUUGAAGGGUGCACAGGGACGUCGGUUCAUCCCAGAGGAGAGCCAGAGAAAGGAUCUGUAUGACAGGCUGCAGCUUGAGACACGAAGCCAAAACACAAAUCCUUUAUCUCUUUCUGAAGCUGCUGCACUGCUCCUUAGUUCCUUACAGAAAGCAAAAGAAGCUGAAGAGGAAAACACUGAUCAUCCUGGCUACUUGACAGACAAUCUAUCAAACUGGUGA